CUAGAUAGAUACAAUAUACAUACUCCAUCGAGGACGGUUGUUUCAUGCAGUAUAUAACAAUUUCCGUUCAAGUCAACUUUGCCGCUCAGUAUUUAAAUCGUAAUUCGAAAGAACAGUCAUACCGUCGGUUACACAUGAUAAGUUCGUCUAAUGUUAGAUAACUUCCUUAUCGAAUUUGAUAAGUUUUGAGAAAAAUUAUAAGUGGACGCAGGUUUUUGCCACAAGCAAGUCACAGUGUUUUGAAUACAGACGCGUAUUUUAAAUAAUCAGCAGUCAUGAAGAUUGUUAUUUUCGGAUCUACGGGAACUACCGGCGUUUGUGCCGUUGAGGCAGCUGUAAAAAAAGGCUACGAGGUCCGCGCGUUCGUCCGCGACCCCGCCAAGCUACCAGAGGCUCUCCGGUCCAAAGUAGAGGUGUGCAAGGGGGAUGUCCUCGAAUUUGACUCUGUUACCAACGCGAUUGAAGGCACAGAUGGUGUGGUCAUCGCUCUGGGCACCAAUGGCAGUCUGGACCCAACAUCCGACAUGUCAGAAGGCACUAAGAACAUUAUUGACGCUAUGAGAGCGAAGAAUGUGCAGAACGUAUCUGCUUGUAUUUCGGCGUUCCUGUUCUAUGAUGAGGAUAAGGUGCCAGAGCGAUUCAUACCCCUCACGAAGGACCAUAAGCGGAUGUAUGAAGAGCUGAAGGGAAGCGGUUUGAACUGGAUUGCUGUCUUCUCGCCGCAUAUCUCUGAGGAUCCCAGCCGAGACAUCAUAGUAGAAGUAAACCCAGAGAAGUCCCCUGGCCGCGCAAUUUCUAAGCACGACCUUGGAAAAUUCCUCAUCGACUCACUCUCAGAACCAAAAUACUACAAGGCUGUUAUUGGCAUCUGCAAUGUACCAAACCAAUAACAACCCAAUUUAGACGUAUUAUAACUGCCAAUCGAAUAUAUGCACGGAGAAGCGGGAUGGAGCUAUACGAGGAAACGAGAUAGACAUAUUUUUUUACAACAGCCAAGAUAAUACGGAGAUUUUAUAAUGUCUCAAGACUUUUCCUUAUUUUCUUUAGAAAUAAUAUAAAUUAUGCACUGUUAAGUGAAUAGCUAAUAACUAUUAAGUUUAUUGCAGUAAUUUUGUUCAAUAUUUAUUUUUACGUUUUAUUUUAAGAAUUUUAUUGCAUGGUUGUAACUGCAUUUAGAGUAUUUCAAAGUAUGUCGAUUUUUAGAUAAUAAACCUAAUUUGGUUGAA